ACAAAAUCAUUAACAUUUAAUUCAACCCUUUUUAGCAAAUGGUACUCUCAUUGUCCUCCAUUGUUGUAUCUUUCUCUAGCUUCAUAUUUUGCUUCACAAUCCUGCUUCACUCCUCAUCAUUUGGAGCUGAAGCACGUUACUCACCCAUUACACCAAUCUCUUCUCUCAUUAGCAAAAGCCUUUUUGAUUCAAUUUUCCUUCACAAAGAUGACUCUGCAUGCCCUGCUAAAAACUUCUACACCUAUGAGUCUUACAUUCAAGCUUCCAAAUGCUUCCCUGCAUUUGGCGCUACAGGUAGUUUAACCACGCGCAAGCGUGAGAUUGCUGCUUUUCUUGCCCAAAUUUCACAUGAAACCACAGGUGGGUGGGCUACUGCACCUGAUGGACCAUAUGCUUGGGGAUUGUGCUUCAAGGAAGAAGUUAGUCCUCAAAGUGAUUACUGUGAUUCCACCAACAAAGAAUGGCCUUGUUAUCCAGGGAAAAGUUACAAAGGCAGAGGACCAAUUCAACUUUCCUGGAACUACAACUAUGGACCAGCUGGGAAGGCUUUGGGAUUUGAUGGAUUGAGAAAUCCGGAGAUCGUGACCAAUAGUUCAUUGGUUGCAUUUAGAACUUCUCUGUGGUUUUGGAUGACGGAGCGAAAGCCGAAACCUUCUUGCCACAAUGUGAUGAUUGGGAAAUAUGUGCCAACUCAAGCUGACAUAGCAGCUAACCGAACUGCAGGGUUUGGUCUGGUGACUAACAUCAUCAAUGGUGGACUUGAGUGUGGGCUUUCUGAUGAUGGAAGGGUGAAUGAUCGGAUUGGAUACUUUGAAAGAUAUGCAGGGUUGUUUAAUGUGGAUACAGGUCCUAACUUGGAUUGUGCAUAUCAGAAAUCCUUCUAAAGCUCUUGUGUAAUAGUGGCAUUUUCCAUUUUUGGUUUAUCAUUAGAAGUUUAUUGACAGUAAUACAUGGAUUUAUGAUGCUCCUCACAUGUGCUAGCGUGGCUACUUGCUAGAGAUGUAUUUAAGAAAUUGAUGAAUAAAAUUAAUUGAAGUA